UCACUGUUUUCAGAGGGGUCAACAUUUUUGGCUGAGGUAAAAGAGAAGUUGAGAUCUAGAAAGCAGGCAUUCUGAUGAGGGAAGCACCAAGGUAAAGGCCGUGUUUGGACUAUUUCGUUCCUCUGGCUUGUUUCUGGAGCAGCGUACUCUGGUCCAGACAUGGGUGUCCUCAGACACAUCAUGAUACCAGCUGAGCUGCUUCUUUGCUACUUCCUGCUGCACACUGUGGAUGCCAUUUCAUAUGGAAACCAGACAAAUAUCCUGAUGCACCUUCCUUCAUCCUUGGAAUCCUGGCCACCUUCCUCAGACCCCUUUUCCUGCCAGAUCCUAGUCCCAAAAUCCCUGCCUGGCUAUACGCACAUGGCCCGUCUACCCAAGUUCCUGAUAGGCCUGCCACUGAUGAUUGCACUGAAGGAAGCUGGCUGCCAUGCUGAUGUACAGGCCCUGCAGCUUCAGCUUUACCGCCUGGGGGGUGUAAAUGCCACACAGAUCCUCUUCCGACAUCUUCAAGAGCUGGAGAAAGGCAGAAGCACAGGGAGGGGAGUGUCAGUGGAUGCCCUGGCCUCUGCUUUGCAGCUGUUGGCCAAGGAGCAGCAAGGCCCAGAGAGGGCCCGACGCUCCCUCCCCAUCGAGGACUGCAAAAAUGAGCAGGAGCAGAGUGUGCACAAUAUAGUCCAGUGGUUGCCAGGAGUGGGCACCUUCUACAACCUGGGCACAGCUUUGUAUUAUGCUGCUCAGAACUGCUUGGAAGAGGCCAAGCAACGAGGCCAAGAUGGGGCCAUAGAUAUAGGUUAUGACCUUCUGAUGACCAUGGCUGGAAUGUCAGGGGGGCCCGUGGGAGUAGUGGUCAGCACUGCCCUUAAACCUGCAGUGAAGGCUGGGGUUCAACAGUUGAUCCACUAUUACCAGGAGAAAGAAGCAAACAUCCCUCCAGAGACCAGCGAGGAAGGCUUGGACAGCACCUCAAAUAUGAGUGACAUGGCAGAAACAACUGCCAUUGCCCCUUUGGUGUCAGAAGUAGUAGAUUCAACUCCUUAUUGGGGGUGGCCCGUCUUCAAGAACUAUAACAUAGAUCCUGGGAAUGGGAAUUUUGGUAUAUAAAAGGUGUGAAACACUGAAUGAAUAAAUCAAAUAUUCUGACAGGCUAUA